AUGUAUUCCAUAGCCUUUUGGAAUUGUAGAGGAGCCAAGAAAAAGGAGGCUUCUCAUUAUCUCAAGGAGUUUGUUAAAGAUCUUGGUAUUCUAUUCGUGGGACUAGUGGAAACAAAAAUUGGCAAUUUCAAUAAAGUAGGUUUGGGGAGAAUCAUAGGCAAAGAUUGGGACCUUUAUAUAGUUCCUUCUGAUGGUCUAUCCGGAGCUAUGCUAUUGUUAUGGAGAUCAGACUUAGCUUCUUUCUCUGUUUUCAAGGAGUCGGAUCAAUGUGUGAUUGAGAAGCUUAAAGUACCCAACAAAGGAAUGUGGAUGGUUGCUACUGUAUAUGGAAGCAAAGAGGUGGUGAAAAGGAGAAGUCUAUGGGGGUGUAUUCGGGAAGCUGCAAAUUUGAAGUUACCUUUGGUGGUGGGGGGAGACUUCAAUUGCAUAAUUUCCCAAGAUGAGAAGAGACGAGGAAGAAAAUUCUUAUUCUCUCAAGGUCUAAUUGAGAUGGUGGACUUCAUGAAUGAGAAUGAUUUGCAUGAUGUAAAGGUGGUGGGUCCUAUGUUCACUUGGUGCAAUAACAAAAGCGGUAGUGGUCGAAUCUUGGAGAGAUUGGAUAGGUUUUUUCUUAACACCUUGGAUAUCAACCUUAUUCAAGAUGCUCAGGUGAGGGAUUUAGCCAGAAUUGCUUCUGACCACUGUCAUAUAGUUUUGAAAAUCUUUGAUUCAAAUUUUAAAAGCAACGGGCUCAUCAAAUUUGAGGAUGUUUGGCUAUCCUAUAGAGGAUCGACUUAUAUUAUAGAUAAAGUUUGGAAGAGAAAAUUUGAAGGAAAUGAGAUGGAAAUCCUGAAUAAAAAAUGUAAAAAAGCUUUAAAGGAUUUGCAUUUUUGGGGGAAGGCUAAAGCGAAUGAAUUCACUAGUGAGAAGGACAAGUUGAAAGAAGAAAUUUUCCAUCUUCAAGAAGAGGAAGCAAAUGUGGGCUGGUUAUGUGGAGUGAAGCUUCUGAAGCUGAGAACUAAAGUUAGAGACCUGAAUGUGGCUCUUUCUCGGUUAAAUACUUGGUGGAAGCAAAGAGCUAAGGUAAGAUGGUAUGAAGAGGGAGAUGCUAACACGAAAUUCUUUCACUCCUUUGCAAGGGCCAGAAGGAGCGGUAACCAGAUUACUCAAGUGAAGAAUCGCAGUGGGAAACUAACUAAAGAUCCUAAUGAGAUUCAAGAAGUAUUCUAUAGAUACUUCUUGGACAAAUGGAAGCAAAGGAAUUGUUUGGAAGAUAUUUGUCCAGCACCUUAUAACAGUCUGGAUGAUGAUGACAGGAGAAGAUUGAGUGCUGAAGUUUCUUAUCCAGAAAUCGCAGAAACGAUCAAGUCGAUGGGCAACAAUAGAGCUGCUGGUGUUGAUGGCAUCUCUUAUUAA